UCGACGCCUUUUGUUGUGGUUUCUGUUUCGUAACAUGCGUUGGUGAGUUUACGUUCGGUUGCUAGGUGAAAAUAAAGUCGAGUUAUAAUCCGAGAACAGAUGAGUGGAAAUAUUGAAGGAAAUGAUGAGCUACUAGCCAAACUCAAAGCAAAAGAUGAGGAAAUAUUGCAUCUUCGUACACUUUUAGCUCAACAGAACAAGUCUAACUCCCUUAAUGCCGAAAAGCACUGCUGCGAGUUGUCAAAAGAUGAGGUUGCUCGGUACAGCCGGCAGAUACUGGUCCCUGAAUUUGGAGUGAAGGGUCAGGUCGCAGCCAGAAAUGCAUCAGUGCUUAUAGUGGGUGCAGGCGGACUGGGCUGCCCCAGUGCAGCUUACCUUGCUGCUGCUGGCAUAGGUACCAUUGGAAUAGUGGACUAUGAUGAUGUUGAAAAGAGCAACUUACACCGGCAGAUCCUGCACUCAGAAGCGAAAGAAGCUCUUCCAAAAGCAGACUCACUUGUGCUUUCCCUGAAGCAAUUGAAUUCUCAACCCCUCUACAGAAGUCAUAAGGUGCUCUUAGACAGCAAGAAUGCCAAAGACAUAAUUAGAGACUAUGACAUUGUAGUCGACGCCACAGACAAUGUUGCAACCCGGUAUCUCCUGAAUGAUGCUUGCAUACUGGUAGGAAGGCCACUGGUCUCUGGAAGCGCUCUACGUUGGGAAGGUCAGCUCACAGUGUACGGCUACAGAGGUGGGCCUUGUUAUCGAUGUCUGUUUCCCAGCCCACCUCCUUCAGACACUGUCACAAACUGCUCCGAGGGAGGCGUUAUCGGAAUGGUUCCUGGAGUUAUAGGCUGUCUUCAAGCUCUGGAGGUUAUGAAGAUUAUUACAGGCUGUGGAGCUGUGCUCAGUGGCAAGCUCCUCAUACUGGACGGGUUAAGUGGCCGUGUCCGCACGAUCGUCCUCCGCCAGCGAUCAUCCGCGUGUGCCUUGUGUGGAGAUUCACCUAGUGUCACAGAUACUGUUGACUACAUUCAGUUCUGUGGUGCUGGACCAAAUGAUAAAGCACCAUCGCUGUCUAUUCUUCCAAGUGAGAAAAGGAUCUCUUGUACAGAACUGGAAGAGUUGAGAGGCAGCAAAGAGCCCUUUCUGCUGCUCGACGUGCGACCUGCUGCCCACUUCGAGAUUUGCCAUCUGCCGGGUAGCAUUAACGUUCCAAUCGAUGUUAUCCCAGAACGGCUGAGUGACAUUAAGGAAACGCUGAGCAAGGGAAGCUUAAAGCAAGCUUUUGUAGUCUGUCGGAGGGGUAACGACUCCCAGAGAGCUGUGCAGUUCUUACAGGAGAGCCUCGGUGACAGUGUGACAUUUCGGGACAUCGUUGGCGGGCUCACAGCUUGGGCAAGCAUUGUGGACCCAAAAUUUCCAAUCUACUGAGUAUCAUAAAUGUAAGAAAGAGCACACAAACCUAAACAAUGCUAGCCCAGGAAGUAAUGUCUUGACUGUUAAUUGUAGUGCUGUAAUUGUUGUUUCUAUACAGUACCUUGAAACUGUUUAAACUGUUUGUUUUUGAAAAACUAGCAGAAAGUAAAGAGUUUGUAACUGC